AUGGAUCUUCGCCCGGAGAUCCCCUCAGCCCAGGCGAGCUCGCAGGUCCACCCUUCAGCCGCCGCUGCAGCCGCCGCCGCAGCCUCCGCCGCCGCCGCCGCCGCCUCCUCCAUCCCCGUGUCAAUGGCCGGAGGGCUCCUGCGCGGGCCGCCGUUGCUGCUGCGCGCCGCCGAGAAGUACCCGCGCACGCCCAAGUGCGCGCGCUGCCGCAACCAUGGCGUGGUGUCGGCGCUCAAGGGCCACAAGCGCUACUGCCGCUGGAAGGACUGCAUGUGCGCCAAGUGCACGCUCAUCGCCGAGCGCCAGCGCGUCAUGGCUGCGCAGGUGGCGCUGAGGCGGCAGCAGGCCCAGGAGGAGAACGAGGCGCGCGAGCUGCAGCUGCUCUACGGGACGGCAGAGGGGCUCGCGAUCGCCGCCGCCAACGGUAUCAUCCCGCCGCGCCAGAGCUACGACGUGUUCGCGCCGGUGAGCAACGAGACGAGCUCAGGUGAGUGGAACCCCCCAAAAAAUUCUAACAUGCAGAAGUUCGAACUUUUCCCGAAGACCACUCAGCCGCCCGCCGCUAAAUCCGCGCCCACGCCCCCUGACUCCGACCCUCUGCCCGGCAUGUCGUCCCCAGACGCGCGCCACGGUUCUGGCUCGGAGAACGGCGACGGCGAGUCGUUUGUCAGCUCUCCUGCCCCGAAGGCCGCCAAAGACGGAGAGGACACGCCCCCCUCGGUCAGCCCGCUGGGCUCAGGCUCGGACUCGGGCGCCUCGGACACAGAUAAGGACGAGCCGGAGCCCUCUCCGGAGCCCUCGGCCGCCUCGUCUCGCCACAUGAACGCCAUCGACAUCCUGACGCGCGUCUUCCCCACGCACAAGCGCAGCGUGCUCGAGCUCGUGCUGCAGGGCUGCGGGAAGGACGUGGUACAGGCCAUCGAGCAGAUCCUCAACAACGGCGGCCACCACGCUAAGGCCCCCGACGAGCCGUGGGCGCAGGAGAGAGCUCUGCCCGGCGCGCAGGCGCCCCUCUCCUCCUCCACCUCUUCCUCCUCUGCGGGCCCCAGGCCGCUGCUGGCCGGAGCCAUGCCGCUCAGCAACCGCUCCGCCUUCUCCCCGCUGCAGCCCAACGGCGCGGCGCACUUCGGCCCCGACGGCGGCGCUUACCCGCUCGGCGCACCGCUGGGCCUCAGCCCGCUGCGCCUCGCCUACUCAGCCCACAGCAGAGGCCUGGCCUUCAUGAGCCCCUACUCCAGCACGGGCCUCAUGCCCACACUGGGCUUCAGGCCGCCCAUGGACUACGCGUUCACUGACCUGAUCCGAGACAGGACUCUCUUACACAAGGAGCAGAGCUACACGAACGGACUUUAUGGGCCUCUGGUCAACAACACCCCGGAGAAACAGUGAGGGGACAACGAGGCUAUAGAGCAGCCCUAUAGGCCGGAGAACUGAUCUGUAGGCUGUAGACCUGGUCUGUAGGCUGUAGAACAGGCACAUUGGCUAUAUAACGGGUCUAUAGAGCAGGCC